AUGGCGGCUGCAUAUCAGCAACAGCUCAUACGGAUAUGCGGAAAGGAAGAAACUCUCAAGGAUGCCAAAGAUCUCCUCAACAUAGCCCGAUCGAAAACUGGAGCUGGGUCUGGUCAUGAUCUGGGCAAGAGCGCGAUUGCUUUGCCUGCUAUCUGCGCGUUUCUGGCGUCCGAAAGAUUGGGUAAUAAUGAUGUUGUGAAGAAGGUGGCGCAAGAUGUCUCAUGUCUUAAGCCAAAGGACUUCGAAGCUGCUUUGAGCACCGUUCGUGGGGCAAUCUCAGGUUAUUUGAGUCGAAGACAUGGGAAGAAUAUUUCUUACCAGACUCUGUGCCGCUCUCAUGGCUUGAAUGAAGAUUCGCUGUACUGGAUGGAGGAAGUGGAUAAGGAGCUAAGAAAAAGCGAGGAGCUUGACGACUUGGAGGUGGAUGACGAAAGUAUUAUAUAUGUGGUGUUUUAUUGGACAUGCAUCGCACUUAACAUACGCUCUGUCAAGCAAGCGACCAUUAUAUCAGAGUACAAGGUUCCGUUGCGUGAAUUGCAGGAGAUUGAGGCCAUCUUAGAAGUAACAUGCAGAGAUCUCAAAGAAAGUAUGGGCAAGUUCAUUGGAGAAGCUCGAACAGCACGAUCAACCCUCUCUACGCCAUCGAGAUCGCUAGGAGGGACUCCCACGAAGCUCUCACGGGACAUGUCACCUUCGAAAGGAAGGGUAGCGACUGCAUCGACCCUAUCAUCUUCGCCAACGAAAACACCAACGAAAGCGUCAACACACGUUCGGGACACUGCAGAUGGCUCUCCAACGAAGCGAAAGGCGGUCCUUCCUCCACUUCCGUUUAUGACGCCGACAAAGAAACAAAAGACGACAUCACCACUGAAGCUCAAUAGAUUGCCUGUCGCUAGUAAUAUCUCGACGCCAACAAAGAGUGGUGUUGUGAAUGCUCCCGUCAAAACCUCACCGACGAAAACCUAUGCAAAUGCUAAAUCAUUUGUUAAUUCUCCGACAAAGCCGAUUAUCUCGUCACAGACCGAAGAGACGAGCGUCCCUACUAUGCAGUCCGACAAGCUGGAUACGUCUGCGGAACUUCCGACUACACCUGCCAAGCCGCGUACAAUCCUCCAGCGACCGAAAGAGCAAACUACUCCUUCCCCGCGAAAAUCAGCACGGAUGCAAUCAGCUGUAGCUGGUCCUUCGACACUGACGUGUAGAAUGGGUCGUUAUCGUCGUACUCCUGUAGUGGCGAGCGAGGGUAAGGCUCCAGACACUCGGAUGAACACCACCGUAACCGGCGCCGAAUCCGAAUCACUUGGAGAAUCAGAAGACGAUGAAGUGAAAGAACCGCCCUGUCGUCACAUCCAACCUGUGUUUGCGGACCGGCUGUUUUACCGUUAUCGUGAUCCGAAGGUUAAAGAAUGUAUUAUCUACAAGGACCUAGACACACCUGUCUGA